AUGUGUCUCACCUUCCGAGUCGUCCUCGCCGCUGUUGCUGCUUUGACAGUGAAUACCAUCCUGGCAGCCUUUGGCAUUCUCUCAGUUGACACAUUUGAAACACUCGGAAAAAUUCGUGCAAACCUCGGGCUUCGACAACAUGAGUCACCACAGCGCCGUAAAAACCACGGAGGCGGGGAAGUCCACCCGCCGACGGCCGACAUGCUCCAUGCUCACAUGCACACUCGUGAAGAGGUUGGCAUUGCUGUCGAGACUGUACAGGAUCUUGAAGCACUCUUCACGUGGGCACCUCCGUUCUCGACUGAGCCUCGAGAUGCAGGUGACCUUCUUGCUGACAACAUUACUGCUGAAUUUUCAGCCCUCGAAGAGUCGAAAAGGCGAGGGUGA